AUGUCACCAACUGCAGAACCCUCCAUUUUCCGGCGAGUUCUAACGGCCUCCUUCUCUCUCCGGAGGACUGAAGAGAUGGUUAUUGUGGCGCCUUUGACGACGGGUUUCCAGAUCUGUCUUUCCUCUCCACCGGAGCCGUCUGAUCGAGCGCCGUCUAGCUCUCGCCGCCAUCUCCUCCUCAAUCCGAUGCAGUCUAGGCCUCUCCAUCCCCUAGAGCCGCCGGAUCCGCCAGAUCCACCGGAUCCCGACCCGCCUGACCUCCGUGGAUCUCUGCUACCAGAUCUAGUCUCCUUACCUCAACCUUUGGAUCUAUCCCCUACUCCACCGUUUGAAGCCUCUCUCCCAUCGGCCAAAGCCUCAAGAAAAUGUUUCUCUCUCUCAGCCUCUGCCAAGCUUACUAGCGCCGACCCCCUCUCAUUGUCAUCCCCUCGUCUCGCCGGAAAACCUCUUCCGCUCCUCCAUCGUCAUGCCUCUCCAAUUGCUCCCGAGAAUGGGUUCCUUCAAAACCUCGAAGACCAUUCUCCCAAUCCAAAACAAGUGCUCAAAAAGUCAAAUCUCACAAGAUCAAAAGCCGUUUUUGGGAAGCUCAGCUUAUCAACCUCCUUCCUUGAUGAAUCUACGGUACCGACCGGAUCAUCUCUUGGGAUAUUAUCCGACAUCGCCAAUUUGGGUUUCAUAGUUUUUAACAACUAUUGUCAAAUCCGAAAAGAGAGUCCAGCAAGGUGCUUCGGCCUCCUCUCCCGAUUGCUCAUCUUUUCCCACUCAAGCUGCUUCAAUCUCAUAUGCUUGUUUAGUGGUCGACACAUUCGCUCGUCUAAUGUCAUAUCUACCGGAUCAAAUGCCGAGACAUCAUCUGCGGUUCUAGAGUAUUGCCAGUUUAUUGGUGUAACUCCGAACUUGCUCCUCUCCUCAAAGGAGACAGUCUUCAAACGCUCAGCACGAGCUACUAGUGUUGUUCAUUCGUCUUUAAUGGUACAGAACAACUUCAGAUCGCUCUCAGAACGAUCUUCUUAG